AUGCAACCGAGAAAUGCAGAUGACCAGCAGGCUGUUCAACUGGACGGCGAUGCGAUGGAUCUGGACAAGUAUCUGAAUCUAGAUCUAUUUGAUGAUGGGGAGAUGGCUGGCAAAAAGCCGUCGCCCAAAACACCUCUCCAGCCUACCAAAGUCAUUGAUUUGGAUGUUGAAAUGGCUGGUCUGAAUGAUGGAUUUGCUAACAUCAUGCAGCUGCACGGACAACAGUCAGACGAGAAUAUCCUCAACGAUCGCCUGGCUUCUCAGAGGAGAUACGCCAAUGACAACGACUCACUGGAUCAGCUGCGCGCCAGAGCCAUGAAGCCUAGUGUCUAUUCGGAUGUCUCCGAGGAAAGGCAGGCAUUGUCAUGUACGACAACACUAGUCAAAGUUCGCUUGUUCCAAGGCGAGACUCUACGACGGGCAGUGAUCAAGGGGCCCCCUUGA